AUGUCGACGCGUCCUGAUCACCACAAGAAGCGCCGUGCUGGUGACUUUACCGAGUACACUCCGGGCGAAUCUGAGUCGCCCACCGUUUCGUCGACUUCGACGGCAACGCGCGAUUUUAACCGCAGGCUUGCGCGUACAAGAGGCUCUUCGCAUUCCCAGGCUAGGGCAGGAUCUUCUCAGCAGGUUCAUCACACUGUCAUGUCAGUCGGGGCUAGCGGUUCGAAGACGAACACCCGCACUCUUCACUCUGUGGCCAAGACUUCGUCCGCGUCGCAACCUGUUCCCGUGUUACACGAGGUUCUUACGGCGAAGGCGACUGGUACAGGAGCCUCUUCUCAUGAACACAUCGAAGACGUUACCGGCGUGGACUUCGCGCAGCAAGAUCAUGACGGCCCGCAGUGGCUGGACAAAGACCCUCCCUCUCAGAGUCACAGUCGCGAGUCCGCGCCUCAGAAACGCCCGACGAAACGCAGGCGUAGUGUACGGAAGAACCCUUUGCGCCAGCUGAUGCAGAUGAUGGGGUUGAUUCUGGACAGCAUGGCGCGUCACGAUGGCUUGGGGGAUCGUACCGUUGAUCCUGCCAGUCAACUUCCCGCGUGUGAUGCGUGCGAAAAGCCUGGUGCUUCUCUACGCUGUCGCGCUUGUCUGUUCGGUCGAGUCCUGUGCCAAGAUUGCAUGGUUGCAGAGCAUUCGCGGCUGCCGCUGCAUCGCAUUGACCGCAGGAACAAGCACUAUUGGGUCGCGCACAGUCUUGCGAAAUGUGGUCUAUGCAUCCAGCUUGGUCACAACGGCGGCCUUUGCGAACGACCUGGAGACGACAACGAGCUCACGGUGAUCGACGUCAGUGGCAUCCAUACAAUCAAGUGCCGGACGUGCGGGUGUUAUGAGAAUGCCAAGAACUCGCUCGCGAUUCAACAGCUGCUCGACGUCAAGUGGUGGCCUGCUACAGUAAAAACGCCAUCCACGGUCAUGACCGAUAGCGCCAACCGCUUAUUUCAGUCGUUAACGCUCCAGGGCAAGGUCAACGUCUACGACUUCUGGAACGGUCUUGUCCGUAUCACGGACUCUUCGGGCUUAUUACCCGUCAAACAACGGUACACAGAGAUGCUACGUGUCACCAAGCUCUUUCGGUACCAUCGGGUGCUUAAGAGGGGUGGCAUUGGUCACAAGUCACGCGACCUUGUUAAGCCGAGUACUGGCGAGGUCGUUGUCACGGGUGCUGAGCUUGACGCCACCAUCACCGAGCUGCACGCCAUUGCUGUAGAGGCGACGCAAACUGCGGCUUCAGGACCUCCAUCAGCGGUUUCCGCAUCAACGCCGGCAGGAAACACGGCACCUAUUACCGCUUCUACACAACCAUCGUCUUUGUCGUCGGCUGUCUCAGAUAUUUUGGGCGAAGUUACUCUCGACUCGUCUUCCCGGUCCUCAGCACACACUUCGUCGCCUGCAACCCUGCAAGACUCGGAUACCGAUAAACCUGCCGACGCGUCCGUCUCGGGCGAAGUCUCGCAGCAAGACUCUGUCGCCGCCCUUGUCAUGACACUUCUCGCUUCAGCACUCGCACAUUUUCGUGCUGAGCGAGAUCCACAAGCGACGGCCGUUCGUAUCUCCGAGGCCUUGGAAGAGUCGCAUGAUGUACCAGCAAUCGAACCCGGUAGCCUUGCGAUUCGCUGUAUCGCGUGCCCAUACGAGGACAAUAUGCAACCAGGUUGGCAGGAUGUGCCACCACGCGAAAGAUACAAGCACUCCUUGUUCGUGUCAAAGGACGCGAACUUCAAACUACGCCGCAAAGCAAAGUUAACGCUCCACGACAUCGCCAUGGGCGACGGCGGUCUCUAUUUUGUCAAAGAGGCGGCGUAUCAAGCGCAUUUGGCCACGCAUACAGAGGAAACCGAGAUGAAGGAGUGUCGCUUAUCCUUUGCCGCGAUAUCUGGCGCGAACAAGAUGGGCGACGGCACUUACGAUAUCAAUGGCGUUGGAGCUCUCCUUUGUGCACGGCAUUUAUGGUACUUCCCUUGUAGUAUCGCGGACUUGAGAUACGUUUCUAUGGACUAUAUAUUGUUCACUGUGCUACAACUCUACUUCACGCAUAUCCUGUGGCUCUACAUCACGUACGACAUCAACUGCCAGUUCAGCAAAAAUAUUCUCAAACGCUGGGAGAAGUACAAGACGGAGUUCAAGCUCGAUGCGCCCGGUCGUUCUGUCCGUUACUGCAUCCCCAAGUUCCACCUUCCCGCACAUGGGCCCGAUUGCGAUGAGGAUUACAACCUCAACAAUACCCAGGGUGCUGCCCGCACUUGCGGUGAGGGCAUUGAAGCAGGUUGGGCGAACACGAACGGCGCUGCACUCAUGACACGUGAAUCGGGUCCGCACACUCGCCACUUCGCCCUAAACGACUUAUUCCACUCUAUCAACUGGAACAAGCUUCUCACCCUGGGUUCAUGGAUGGCCAAAUCACUGCGCGAAUCUGUCAAGCAGCUCGCGAUACAACAGGAGAGUUUGACCGACCUCGAGUCCGUGUUUCCCGAGGAGGUUAUCGGUCGAUGGCUCGGAGCAUUGCGCGCAUGGGAGGAUGAUUUCGGGAAGUCGCCAAACCCGUUCCAUGAGGAGGAUCGAGGCUACGAAGCAACAAAUGUGCGCCUAGAGCUCGAGGCCGAGGAGGCCGAGGUCAUCAACAAGGGCAACGUCUCGCUGACCGACCAGACUGAGAGUACAUUCUUGGCUUCCGCCAUAGACUUGGCAGAUUUACGAUGGAUCUUGAAACGAUACAUCAAGAAUCUCGGCGACAAACCCACACCAGCUCAACAGAAAACGCUCCAACAGAAGCGUAAUUCGUAUCGCCACAAGCUAGCAUCGCUCCGAACCUUACAGCAGGUGUACACGAAGAAGCUUUUCGACCUGCAGCCCUCCCCUGUGUCAGUGUCUCAAGAUUCCUCAGCCCCGCCUUCCUCUGACUCCGCCGCCACGACGUCGAUCUUGCUCCCUGAGAUCGCGGCUCGUAAGGGUGUGGAAUUCGUGUCUCAACUAUCUACCCGGCUCGACGUCAAACAACCGGAGAUGCACGAGCUCGGCGCCCCGUGGGAGUUGGAGGAACUGGUGCGAUCGCAUGUGUGCUCUCGCGCCCUCAUCGACAAAGCGAAGCGGUUGCACAUCGGCGAGUGCUUGACAGCGCUACACGGGAUGCGUCGCGGGCUGCGCGCGAAGUAUGCGUACGUGCAGAAGAAACGCGUCCAUAUCAACGGCGUAGGUGUUGGUACACAGUCCGGGGUCGUGACACAGGCCCGCAACAACAUCCAGCGGAUGUCGGACAAACUUCAUCGUCUGGCGCAGAAGUACGCGCGUUUGCGUGACGCGUUGCUCGCAAUUGAUCCCGAUGGUGACUGGAAGGAGGAGUUACUCGAGUUGGAUGAGAAGGAGGACUUGCGUCUGCCGACGAAGGACCAGAGGGAACUCGGCCAGGGUUUCCGCCGUCUAACGUGGCUUUGGACCAAGACGCAGUACGACGCGACCGAUAUCCCGGGGCAAGUUCACCCUGGAGAGGCAAAUCUCGACGACGAAGACGUUCAUGAGAGCAUGCGUCUCGAAUGGACGGUCAAUCGCGCCCGAACGGAUCGGUGGCUGGAGGAGCGUGAACUUCUGCUCGUUGAAAUGUGGCGGUCCCUAGUCUCGCUUUUGAACCGUGCACGCGAAUGGGACGAUAGAAUUGGGGCGCGUCCGCUUGCACCCGAUGCUAUUCGGCGCGGUCUGAAUGCACGCGCGGCUCGUCAGGCUGCGAUCUAUCGCGGCUUGGCCAAGACUUUCUACGAGCUCUGGCGGCCUAUCGUCGAGGAGCUAAAACUGCAGAUUGACUGGCCGUCGGAGCUCUUGCUGUCUGGUGCCGUUGCGGACGGCGACCUGGUAGAUUCGAGCGCGGUUCGGGCUGCAGAAGAUACAGGACGUGCCGGUGUGGACCACCCCGACGGGCUGAUAGAUGUCGACGACGAUGACGAGCGUGGUGCGCAAGAUGAGGACGACUUCAAUUCGGACGAGGAGGAUGAGGACAUUACUGCGGACGGGCCUAUUGUUCGUAUGCGGGGCGUGGGGGACGAUGAUCUGGAUUACGACUUAUGA